CUGCCGGCUUCCCAGACCCACAGCUGUCACCAUGGAAACUCACAGGGGGCCUAAAUAGAUACUGCCACAGGGCCUUCCCUCAGACUAGUCCAGAACUAGCUUUGAAAUAACAAGUGACAAAAUGGGUUCAAAUGGCAAGCAAGGCAUCCAUCAUGCAACCUUCUGUUCUCUGACACAAUAACAUCACUGGCUAUAGUACUUAGAAUCACAAUUCACUUAAGUAUUGGGGGAAAUCAAUGUUCCUGGACAAAGACUUCAAGGCCAUUUGUGUAUCAUCUUCACUAGUCUGACAUAUUUGUGUCUUCUCUUUCCAUCAGGCUUGAAAAUAGAUGGCAGGAAGGUACUUGUCAUAAUAGGAGGGGCUGACGUAGUCCACCGACUCCCUCUUGCGCCCUCACUUGUGAAUUCGCCGACUGGUGGAGAUGGGUAAGACUUGAGGGCAUCAUUCAUGCUCCUAUCAGUAUAACUGAACAUGGAAAUCCCUCGCUAAUGGGUGUGUGAUAGCACAUCAAAUUCACUUCUUAAUAGUCUGUCAUUUUAAGACACUGUGAGGAACAUGGUAGGAAAAUGUGUACAAAACCUGGAAGUGCGUCCUCAAAUUACACAUUGUGUUCUUCACACUUCUUAAGAGUACAUGCUUAAACUGGCCACUUUCAGUUUGAAGAAAAGACAGCUGCCAAUCCAUGACCCAAUAUGUGCUUUUGAUCUGGAUUCAGGCCAGCCUGAACUCUUAUUCUGCCCCCUCUCCUCACCAACUGAUGUUUCCCUUUGAAGGUGCUGUCUACUGUGAGCAGUGCUGGUGGUCUCCAGCUCUGACCAGCCCCUGUGAGCCUGGUCAAUGGUCAGGGAUGGUGGGAGUUGAAGUCCAACAACAUCUGGAGGGCCACAGAUCCUCCGGAUCUGAUAAAGGAAAAUCCUGUCUGAGAUCCUGGAACAGCCUUUCUCAGACUUUGGUACCCAGGUGUUGUUGGACUACAAUGCCCAUCAUCCCUAGCUAGCAGGACUAGUGGUCAGGGAUGAUGGACGUUGUAGUCCAACAAUACCUGGGGACGCAAGCUUGAGAAACAUUGGCUUAACUUAUAAGAUUGUGCUACCAGAGUACUGGUCAAACUAGCUUCCUUUUACCUAAUGCUUAACUUUCAAACCUUUUCUUCAGCAGCCCCAGAUUCCUGCCUCUGAAGGAAGUAAUUUCUGCACCAUUAUCAGCUUGCUUUUUCCUGAUGUUUUACCAGAACUGUCCUUUUCCUCUGUCUUCAUCCAGUAUUCAUAAACUACAGGAGCUUACAGGCAUGCUUUAAUUUAAUUAAGUACAUAAUUUUGUACCUCCACCCUCCCUCCCUACAUGCUAACAUUUCAAUAGACCCUAAUUAACAUUUGGUUAAUUCUUCCCCUGUGAUUUCUACAGGGGUAUAAAGGCUGAUGGGGCCCCAGGGUGGAGUUAGAAAGGGAGAAGUGGCAGGAGCGUAAAAUGAGAACCAAGUAUUGCUGCUUCUGUACUAGGAGUAUAGCAUUUGUGCUGGUAUUUGUCUCAGCCUUCCCAGGAGCAACUUGCCCAUUCAGGAGCACAAGUGCUUGCUGAUCUGAAUAGCCCUGUCCCUCUGUUGGCAGCCAUCCCACUGAUUUAUUGAUAACUAUUGUGUGAUCACAUCUCUCUUUGCCUCUUCUCAUGUGAUGCUGUUUCUCUCAAAUGCAUUCCAUCUUUAAUGAUGCUCUUGUACAGUACUAAUGAAAAAAAAUAAUUUGGUUUUAGGGCUUCCAGUUGCUAGGUUGAAGCCAGGUCCUCUACAUGAGCUGAUUGUUCAGUUUGCCCUUUCAGAAAAUCAUCCGCAUGGUUUGAUAGCAAGUUCUUCUUCCUUCAUUGUGGUAAUUAUACUCCAAUUGUUGGUAUUCACUCCAGUUGUUAUGAGGUCAGGAAUGAAGCUGCUAAAUGAGUCAUAAUUCUACAGCUUACUGAAAGCUGUGUGUUGAAUUCUGGGAAGUCACAUGAAUUUUCUGAAGUAGAUGACUUUAACACUGCUAAAUUUGAUUAUGACCUAAGUUGCAAUUCUUUGCCCAGGUUGGCCUUUACACAACAUACACAAAUUGUGUGUGCGCUCUCUCUCUCUCCUUACUCUCCCCCUCUCUCACACACAAAAUUACACUCAAUUCAGUGACUCUAAUGUGCAAAAUUGUGGGGCUGUCUCCAUGAGAUGUCGUUAAAAAGCUAAAUGCGGCCUUAUACUAACCCAUAACAGUACUUUUUCAAAAGCCUUGUUUCAAGUUAAAACCAUUUGCACACAUGGUCUCAUAAUAGCUGGAAAAGUUUCAUAAAGAUGUAGCAUAGAAUGAAUUCAUUGUGGGGAAUAAAUUGAUAGAAAGAUCCAAAUGGAGUGAAUCCUGUUGGUGGAUUAUAUUUAUUUCUUACGUCUUCUUGGCUAUGCUUUUAGCUUAUAUUCAGUUCUUUUUGGUAUAAGUUGCCCUUGACACACCUGUGUGUGAUAAAUCCUACUAUGCAGAAACUGGCACUACUGGUAUACAGACCAGAGGCUGAAUGUGCACAUGGCUCACACAGACACCAUUUGUCCACGUGCAUUUCUGUCCAUGUGCAUUCAUCCAUACAUGGGCACUUUCAGCUGAACUCCGUCUUGAUGUUUAUGGGAUGUGUUCAUGGGAUGUGCUGUCCUCUCCUCUCAGUUAGUAUUUUCCUACCCCUCCCCUUGAGUUCUGGAAAACUGAAGUCCACUGUGGGCAUGUCAAUCAUUUGUUCACCUGUGUGGGUGGCCAAUAUUUAUUAUUAUUGAGAUACAAGUUUUCCAAUAUACCACACUUGUGGGUUCACGCGCUCCCCCAAAGUGCGUCUCUGUCUCAGCCCCACUAAAAGCCCACCAAGGAAACCUCACCAGUGGAAGUAGGGGGUGCAGGAAUAGGUGGCAGUUCACCCAGCAAAACGUUGUCACACACAUAAAAAGAAGUGGCCCUCACAAUGUGCUUCAGUGUGUCUGGGUAACAUGUGAGUUUACAUUGGAUUUCCCUCCCCCCCUUAUCACAUGGAUUGGGAAGUUCUGAAUUAAAUGGCGGAGGGAAGUGUGGACUUCUACUUAGAUGAGGGCAAUGUCGUGUGGACAAGGUGAAAAACAAGCACACAUAAGAUGCAUAAAAUCCACUUUAAACUACCAUGUAUACACAUCCAGGUUGGUUUUUCCCCACGGUGCCAUUGGGCUUGAGAGCUGAGCAACUCUUCAGAUCCAGUGCAGAGACUACUCCAUUUAAUAACUUGUUUAAAAAUGGGUGGUCAAGGCAUCUAUAGUAUAAGCAGCUUACUUCAAGGUUUGCUUAAAAGUCCAGUGUCACAUUCUUUGUACUGUUCUAGAUAACUACCGUAUUUACUCAAAUCUAAUGCUCACCUUUUUUGUUAUGAAAAUCAAGGUACGCAUUAGAUUCGAUGGCACAUUUACAUUCGCCAGCAAAUACUUUUUUUGGUUUCAAGGUUCUGAAAAUUGAGGUGCGCAUUAGAUUUGAUGGUAUGUUAGUCUCAAGUAAAUAUGGUAUGUUUUUGAAGGGAAGUUCCUUUUAUUCAUGUUUCCUAUUCACUACUUUUUUAAAAAAAUCAAUGCAGGAAACAAUUGCUACUACAUCCAUGAACAAAUCUUGUACGGUUUAUGUUCAGUCUCUUCCAGGCUGCCCAAAACACAGCUAUUUCCUAGAUAAAGGCAUAGAAAAAUCUGAUACAGCUGGAGCAAUGGUCAAGAAAAUCCCUUUCACCCAUCCCAAAUGUGUGCCUGAUAUGAUUGAAGUUCUCAGACGUCAAGCAGCAUAUAACACCCUCAUUAGCAGCUGUGUGUCUGAGACAACUGAGUGUGAAGGUAAGAUGUUCGCACAUCUUUUGCUCACACCUCUUUCUGAUUCUGCUGUGUUUCUACUAGUGAAUUCUGGGAAGAGUUUAUCUUCAGUAUUUGCUGUGAAGCUCAAAUAUAUCAAUUGGGAUUUGUAUGUUGGAUGCAUGUAAAGUUAGGUCCACCUUGGAUGGUGGUGACAAGAUAUUCAGGCAUUGGAAAUAAGGAGGUGUGAUGGACAGCAUACUGGUUCUGCUCCCCUCUCAGCAUUUUUGUGACCCAAUUCAUUGAAAGUGGCUGGGGAAAUUGUGAGCCCAUCGUAUCUGUGGAGGUUAAGUUGGGUACCAGACCCCUCUAAUCGUUGGAUCUAGCAAGUGUUAGAAUUUAACCAAGGAAUAGCCAGGCUAGCCGCCUCGUGAGGUGAUAAACUUGAGCGAUGAGCCAUUAAGAGGCAAGAUGGCAAAUGGGUGGGGCCCCCCUCACAGAUAAAGUCAGAGUUGAGAGAAGCAGUGAAAUGACCAGGAAGAAAAGCAGCAAGCUGGAGACAGGGUCAAAGAGAAAUAUUUGAUUUCUGUUUGAAUCCAAGGCUGCUGCCGUGAGAGAAACUAAUGUUGUAGGCUCAGUUUGUAUAUACGUGUAGAUAAACCAUACAUCAUAAAGACACCACAGUCUCCGCUGUGCCUCAUUCCCAAAAGGAAUCACAAACCCUGUGUAAGCACCUGGAAUCCCUGAAACCUUGGAGAUUGAGGGUGGGAUGCAACAAUAUGAAUAGCGUAGAACAGAUCACACAAAUCAAAUGUGCAUUGGCUUCAAUGUUCUCCCCCUUCUUCUUUGUUUCAUUUGCAACUCCCAUCUUGAAACUAUAUAGUCUGUUUUCAGUCCCCCCCCCUUUUCUUACCUAGCUCAGUACUACACUACAUCAGCUGGUAUCAGUUCUCCAGGGUGUCAGGUGAGGUUCUCUCACAGUCAGAUCUGGAGAUGGCGGGGGUGGAACGUGGGACCUUCCUCAUGCAAGGCGCUCAUGUUCUGCCACUGAGCUACGGCCCUCCCUUCUCAGCAAAAGUUCCUGCAGGCAGAGAUUUUAAAAUGAGUGAAGUAUUCAUGGGGACUUGCUUUCAGGUGUGCUUGGAACUGUUUGGAUUCCAACCAAACAAUGUUGACACCUUAUAACUUAUUUCUUUUGGAGAUAGUGAAACUGAAAUGGACAUUUUCAGCAACUGUACAGUCAUACCUCGGGUUACAGAUGCUUCAGGUUGCGUUUUUUCAGGUUAUGGACUGCCAAAACAUGGAAGUACUGGAACGGAUUUCAGCAGUCGCGCAUGCACAGAAGUGCUAAAUUGCGCUUUGCACAUGCACAGAAGCACUGAAUCGCAACCCUCGUGUGCGCAGACGCGCUGCUGCAGGUUGUGAACAUGCAUCCCACACGGACCAUGUUCACAACCCAAGAGUCCACUGUAUUUCAUUUGAUGUUUGUACCAUGAAACUUCAUGAGCUUGUACAAAGCAGGACUCCUUGAGUCUAGCAAAAACCAACCCACUCCUACUUCGAUGGUAAUGUUUUAAGUUAAGGGAUAUAGAAUACUUGGAAUUCAAUACAAAUGUUUUCUGACUACACCCACUAAUUUAUAUCUCUAAUUCAAAUUAAACGUUUAGCUCUAUUGCUACUGGGUUAGCCCAGUCACUAAACAGUUAUUUCCUUCCAGAUUCAUCAGACUUGCUUCAUUUUGACGUCUUUCAGCAAAAAGCCACUAGCUUUUCAGUAACAUUCCAGCAUCCAUUGGAGGAGAACCUAGCCUGUGGUAUGUCUCCAAAGGAAAAGUGUAUUGGGUGCACACAGACAUACAAAAAAGUCAGCAGGGAACGUGGUGCAGAAAUGCACUCACUGCAUUUUGCACUACACAUGUAGCCUCAUUUGGCUCGGGCCGGGGUAGAACGUGUGAAUGUGUAUAUGUGUGUUUCAGUGUUAAGAACAGACUGGAUGUCCAUACCACACACUGACACAAUAACCAGUUCAUUGCAAAGCUACCUCAGUUUUCCCAGAGCAGCACUGUGCAAAGCCCUAAAUAGCUGGCCGUUGUGACUGCUUUCAGAUGUUUAUAGGAAAAGUGCUGGCCCGAGACACUUUGUGCCUCAUGUGGAGCCCAAAUAGUCCCCUGCUAGAACCAACACCCUAAAUUUUGCUUCAUCAAUUCCUGCCUUCCUCUAACCUGCCCAUCUCCCCAUGCAGUCUGAACACAUGGAGAGAAGGAACUAGAGAGGAGGAGCUGGAUCACAUCUGUGACCUAUUGCGACGUAUUCAUAAAUAAUGUCUGAAAAGAGGUGGUAAUAAUAAUAAUAAUAAUAAUAAUAAUAAUAAUAAUAAUUUUACUAUUUUUUAUACCACACCCAUCUGGCUGGGUUUCCCCAGCCUCUCUGGGUGGCUUCCAACAACAUAUUAAAAUACAGUAGGGCAGCCGGGCUGCCAUUAUUAUUAUUAUUAUUAGUCUUCUACACAAGUGUCUCAUGGUGAUGUACAAUAUGGUUAUAGUUAUACACAAAGGGGCUCUUACUUUAGCACACAUUGAAGAAACUGGCAAACUCUUCUCAUUUACUACUUGGCCAUCUAUAUUAACUCUUUUCUACUAUUGGACAAUGUGUGUGUGUGUGUGUGUGUGUGUGUGUGUGUGUGUGUGUGUUUUUCUAGUGUUUGUGUUUUUCUCUGUUAAAUUGGUUUGGGAGCUAUUGGUACAAAAAGUAGCACAUUAUGUCAUUUACAGUCCAUCUUUCACCCUAUGGUCCCAGGGUGGAAAUACGUAUUUUGCAACCUAGGUAUAAAUUGGAUCUGAUUCCCAGUUUUAUACUAUGGUUGGGAAUAUUAAAAAGUAAGCAGAUGUUGCACUUUAUCACAUAAUCUGUGGAUUAAACGUUAACCACACUGGCUUUGAAGAUGGCUUGGGAUAAACUUGCAACAGGUGAACAGCCUGGUUACUGUUUUGUUAAUCCUUCCAAUGUGCACGUCUUUGGAUUGGGCUGGUGAUGGGAUAACAGAAGCCAGUUCAAAUGCCUGUUACUCAUAGGUGGAUGUGUGAAUGGACUCCUUUUGAAAUUAUUGGUGACAUAUAUUUUUUAUCUUCUAGUGAUUUGUAAUUGCUCAUUUUUACAGUCAGCAUGGAAUGAGCAUGAAUGUGACCUCUUCCCACGAAGCAUGCAUGCUUUCAGAAAAUAAAUAAAACCAAUGCAGUGACCAGAAAGAAUUCCUGUUUAAGGAUUGAAUAGAUUUGGUGGUUGUUGAUAAUUCUUACUGUUGUCUCUACUAUAAUGUCACACUUGUUUUUAGAGCAUUUUUUCCCUAUUCUGUUUAGUGAUGGUCGAUGUUCUGAGUUCAAGGGACGUUAUAUGCACUCUUCAUACACAUUCUGAAGAUGGAGCAUUAAUCUGCAGCAAUGAUUAUCUCACAAGAGUCCUGAAGCGGUAGGUAACACUUCUAUAAUAUAUAGGGGCCAAGUUUUCUUGUCCCUCCAAUCCCUUUUCCUUUUGUGUCAUGUAUAAUGGAAUGGUUUGUAAACCGAUGGGUGGCUAUCUAUAAAUUUAGUAACUUUGUACAGCAGCUAGAAACUUUUAAGUGAUUUAAAGGAUUAAAAAAUUAUUUCAUGUAACGGGAAAUUUUUCUCAGUAUUUGAAUAAACAUUGGGGCAGGAGAAACAAUACCAUAUAAACAUUGUAAUGAAGAAUUUAUUAAAAAUGGUGGGUUUCACAGGCCAAUUCAGCUUUCUUAAAAAGGAUAUUCUCAAAUGAUGCAUGCAUUUAGACAGUUUGCUGGAGGAACUGGACCUUAAUAAUACUGAGUAAGCUUUCUGAGUAAGCUUUCAUAGGAAAGCACAACACAGUGGAAUAGCUCCAUCAGGCUUAAGACGUGAGAAACAGGCAACCAAAAUAACCUACCUAAAAGCUCCAUAAAUGUCUAGCUCCAGAUGGUCAGAAGAGUUAGUUGAGCCCUGUAUGUCAGUGUGAUAUUCUCUGGAACUCAUGGCAACUAAAAAUCUCCUCCAUCUUUUAAUAGUUAGCACAACUAGAGGCUCCUUUGCUUCUGUAAUGGGCAACUUAGACCACUGUCUAAGCAUCAGUGGGCUGAGUCUCAGCAGUGGUCUUUGGACCACUUUCAGGUAGGCCUCAGCAUCACUGCCUGCCAUAGCCUUUUGGCUGGAGCAACAGCAACACUAGCAACUCUGCAUGCUGAGUAAAGAUGGCCAGAAGACAGAGAGGUUCAGGAGUGGGCAAGGUCUCCCUUGCUCUGAUGGGAAAGAGCUUGAAGUGUUGAAGGAAAUUAAAAGGCUGAUAGUUGUUGUUGUUGUUGACAACAACAAUGGUAGUAAAACAAUGUUGUUAUAGGAGGAAGCUGCCCAGAGUGGCUGUGGCAACCCUGUCAGAUGGGCAGGGUACAACUAAUAAAAUGAUUAUUAUUAGUUAGAAGGAUCAGGAAAGAUUGAUGAAAGAAAUGAGUGGUGGAGGGAUAGGAAAUACUUGUGAAACAUCAAGCAUGAGGAGGAUUUUCAGCAGUGUGGUGGGAUGCAACUUUAAAGAUUCAAACUGCUCCUGUUGAGUGAGCAAUGCAAAAUAAGAUUGGAACAUCGGUGCUUUGAGGCCCCACAACAGGGUGAGCUCCCGUUGUUCAGUCUCAGCUCCUGCCAACCUAACAGUUCGAAAGCACAUCAAAGUGCAAGUAGAUAAAUAGGUACCACUCUGGCAGGAAGGUAAACAGCGUUUCUGUGCGCUGCUCUGGUUUCGCCAGAAGCGGCUUAGUCAUAAUUUCCACAUGACCCGGAAAAACUGUCUGCAGACAGACGUCGGCUCCCUCGGCCAGUAAAGCGAGAUGAGCGCUGCAACCCCAGAGACGUUCGCAACUGGACUUAACUGUCAGGGGUGCCUUUACCUUUAUGUCACCUUACAGAAGAACUGGCAUGGAACUUUAGAAAUUUAUUUUAUGUAAUCUAUAAAGCUUUCUGCACUGCACUGACUUGUUUGGAAACAGUGGCAAAUGCAGCUUGCUCUAUACACCAGUCAGUUAGUUCUGCAUAUGAAGCAGCCAGAUUAUAUUUAGUGAAUUAGCAAUUCCUUAAAUAUUGGAUGACUUUGCCCUUCUCUUAGGUGUAUGUCAAUUCCAGUUCUCAUGAGAGCAAUUUUCAAGAAAGCCACCCAACAAAAAGCUGAGGAAACUUCUCUGAGCAAAGACGGAGUCUGUGAGGAAAACUGCAAAGACCAACAAGUUGAACAUAACCAGCAGUAGUGUGGCUACUUGUGAAACUGAGCAACAGCAUUCUUAUUUUUGGUGUAAUUCUUGGUUUAUUUCUCUCACAAGUUACAACUGGGCAAAACUAAUUCUGCUUAGUGAAAAACAUUGGAAAAAGUUACGUUUUAAGUCACAAAAACAAUUUGAAUGCAGAGAUUACCAGCUUAUUAAACAUUAAGUUUC